AUGAUUGAUUCUAGCGCACCAGCUUACCACGACCAUCGCGCCGGAGACUUUGCUAUACAGUACGGUCAACCACACGCCUAUGCGCUCUAUGAUUUUGACACAAAAGUCGAAGGGGAUUUACAAUUUCGAGCUGGCGAUUUGCUCAUGCUGGAGGAUGUCGUGGACGAGGCAUGGUAUCGUGGGCAUUCCGUACGAACUGGUCAAGUGGGGAUCUUUCCUAUGAAUCACGUGGAAGUGAAAAUUGCACUGUCAACCGGUCUGUACACAAACGCCCAACCAAAACCAAGGAUUCGCGCAAUAUCAGAUCUGAAAGAUUCGGGAAAGAAAACCCCUAUUACUCAAGCAACAGAACCGAAUCGAAUCGUUUCUAACGAGAAUCGAAUUCAGACAAAUGACAAUCUUUUCCCAGCAAACGACCUGAGUUUUCUCCCAAGACGUCCAUCUCGUGUACGAGUAUCUAGUCUUCGAUGCAAGUAUGAUAUGACGUAUCAGUCAUUAUCGCCAAUGUUCACAUCGAACACGGCAUCCGCACCGAACGAACCGGAAGAUCAAACACAUUCAGAAAAGCCCGAUACCAGUCACAUCCCGCUCUCACGCACACCAUCAAUCAUCACCUCUAUUCGACCACGAUCACAAACCUCGGUAUCCCAACUGGCACAACACCUAGAACAGCGUGGAGUGACUCUGAACCGCAUGAAGUCCAUUCCUGCUGGUGGACGAGCCAUAUUUCCUUCCUCAAUUUCCCCGAAAAGUGGACCGUCUCCAACGCCGAUGGAAGAACCGAGGUCAUUUCCAGACUAUGCUACCUCAGAGGGAACGGGAAAGCGCAUGAUUACGCCCAGUGCGUAUAUGGUACCGACUCCGCUGGCGAUGAUUGCACGUGAGCAAAACAGAAUUCUCGGGAAAGGCAAAUUGGCUCCUACUGAAGCAUAUCCUACAUCAACUUCUUCCGAUCCGGCUCUGGCUUAUUCCGCCAUGCUAAAGGACAGAACCCGUGCGGGACAGUUAAAAAACGACAAUGGAGUUGUAGUCUCCACCAAGUCUGAGAUAGAUUUAUCUCGCAAAAGCAACCAGUCUGAUGGCGUUUACCAUGAAUCCCCACUCUCGGUCAAUCAACCCACUAGGGCACACAAACCCACUGGAUAUGCAGCGGAGCCCUAUGUCCACAAAGAUCACUCCCAAGCGAAUGAUCGGGUUUCUGUGAAUAAAGCUUAUAUGACUGAAAAUCAAUCGGUUAGUUCAACCUACCCUAACAAGCCAGCCCUUCAUCAGAAGCCAAUGUUAAACUACUCUGGAGCUGAUAUUCCUUCUGUUCUGAAAAGCAGAGAAGAUACGCUAGUGCAUGAAGACAAAAGAACCUACGAAGAACAUGGUUCAUACACAGAAACCACAGAGAGAGAAUAUGCUAAACCAACAAAAUAUUUGCAAGAAUACGCGGUUACCAUGUUCAACGGUUCACAAAACGCACUGCCAACUGCGAAAGAGUCUCAAGAAUCGAAACAGGGACCAUCGACCUAUGUGACCAGACUGACACAAGAACUCUCGUCGGAAAACUCGCUAGCGACCGGUACCGAAUUGCGGUCUGGAGUUAAUCAUGCCGUAUCCGAUCUUCCAGAUCCAUCCUGUUGUCCCAAAGCUCCAAACUCAGUCCCAAAUCUGGAUCCAAAACAGACGGAUAAUUUCAAAGAGGCUAUAUUCUCUUCCCUGAAAAACAAAAACAAGAACUCUGAGCAAUGGCUUUACGUAUCGUACGAUUUUUUUGGCACAGAAAGCGGUGACUUAACAGUACACGCCGGCACCGUACUUCGAUGUCUGGACCCACUUCCUCCACCGGCACAUGCAAACGAUUUGACCAUCCCUGAACGUUGGCUUCGUUGUAGCACAUGGUAUGGACAAAUAGGGCAAGUUCCCAGUACAUUUGUACGCCGCAUACUAGACCCAGAAGAGUUGGACGGGCUACUGCAGUACAGACCGCGAGCUCAAGCACUGUACGAUUUCACACCGGAGGCAAAAGACGAUUUACAACUCCAGUCGGGUGACAUAUUAUACCUUCACGAGGCUGUGGAUUCCAAUUGGUUCCGCGGAGAGUCUGCGUCCACCGGACAACAAGGAAUCUUUCCUAUAUCUUUUGUAAAAGUCAUCUAUCCGCUUUGA